AUGGAGAUGUUUGCCGCAUUGCACGACUUCGGUGGAAUGAGGAUACUACUCUAUUUUCCAGGCGAUCUUGAAAAAGUUGCGGAGAUUCUAAACAAGCACUUUUUCAUCGUUCGGCGAGUGGAGAAGGGAGAUGGAUCUCGGAUCAAUCUGCAAGCUUUGAAGGAUAGGCUUGAAUUUCUCAAAGAUCCAAGACGAAAGGGGCAAGUCACGACUACCCAAAGAGAUCUCAACCGGGCGUCACGGACACUCAAAGGCUAUAGAUCCACCCAUUUCGUUGUCAAGCUACGGGAUCAUGACAUUGAAAGGGGAUCAGAGUGUACCUGGAAGGAUCUUGUUGUGGAAAUCCAGGUUGAGACACUGAUGAUGCACGCUUGGUCUGAGGUUGAACAUGGCAUGGUCUAUAAGCCAGUCAUUUCGGGAGGCGAAGGAGUGUCCAGCGAUGAAAAACGCAUUCUGGACUCGAUAAAUGGCAUAGUUUUGGCGGGCGAGGCUGCAUUACGACAACUGGAAGUCAGCACCAUAAAACGCUCAGCCAAAACGCCGAAGUUAUAG